CGUUUUAGCUGCGUUGUUGAAAUAAGUAUAGCUUGUCUUGCUUGAACUUUUGCAUCAGUUCAGCAACGUAGCUGAAAAGAACAGACUAAUGGACUUUGAUAAUGUCCACAAAUAAAUAAUCUCGCGUAGUUGAAUUAUGUUAUGUAUAUAACAUGUAUAUAAAUAAAAAUUCGUAUGAUACGAACGAUCGAUGUUAAUUGUAAGAUAAACAAAUGUAUUGUAUUGCUGCAUGAUCGUGCUUUCUAACAGAACGAUACAGCCGAGAAGAUGAGAUACAUUAAAACAGUGUCGUUUAAAAUGGAGAUGUUGAAGAAAGAUACAUUUCAGAAGAUUCUGAUAAAAAAUCUAGGCCUGAAUUCUGACGAGGUCAAACUGAUUGUCGAUAUGAACAACACAACAUCAUAUGCUAAACAUCGGUUAAUAAAUAACUGUUUACUAUGCCAGAGGUACAAGGUCGAUGUGAGACCAUUCAGAAACCUCCAGUAUUGCCUGGGGUUACUUCCUCAUACGCUAGAGCACAGGAUCAAUAUACUAAAAGAUAUAGGAGUGCAAAACUUGAGUGUGACUCUGAUAAGCAAAAUCAUGAGUUACUUAAACAAACCUGUGCUUAAAUUUAAAUUGAUAGCCAGUGUCCCAAUGCAACAAGACAUAAAGAAGAAUAUAUUCAGCAAACUCCACGAGUCUCCGAUGGAUAAGUCCCAGUUAGAAUCGUUGCACAAUCUAAUGAAGGUCAAAGAAUAUUACAAAAAGUGUUUCCUGUCCUGCAAAACUGAUAUAUUUAAUUUGCCUGGCCUAGACGAUGAGAUAUUGUUGAACACCGGUGUGAAACAUAAAAGUAUAAGCAUGAUUGCGGAGACAUUGAAAGUGCUCAGGCUUGAUCUCGGCUGUAACAAUGAAUAUAUAUACAAGAAUCCCAAGAUCCUUAUUGCUUCUGCGCAGAAUGUGAGAUCACUGUUGAGCGGCUUCAGGGACACAGGUCUCGUUGGGAUGUCGAUCGAGGAAGCUCUGAAGAAGCAUCCUUUCUUGUUGUUGGAAGACGCGAACAACAUGAAGCAGUUGCUACAGUCGUUCGAACGCUAUGACAUACCGGAAGAAUAUGCGCGUAGAUUCAUGAAUAUCUUCACUUUGGGCAAUGAAUUCUUCGUCGAACGAAUGGGACUGAUAAUGAAACAUCCGGACUUACAUCUGUGGUACAAGUAUCCGCGAAUCUUGCAAAUGGUCUUCCAUACAAAUAUGGCCAUGGAACGUGCGGAAUACCUUCGUUAUGUGAAUCGCAUCAAGUGGGCGCGCGCUCACACGAUCUUGUCGCAAAAGAAGUUAAUGGAUCGAUUUAUUCAAUACGGUGCCAGCACCCUUAUGUCGCCGAAGCCUCUACGGUAUCUGCUCAAUAAUAAAUUGAAACUUCAGCCGAAGAACGUCGAUCUCUUCAAGAAAUUGAAGAGGCAUCCGCAUUGGAAAAUAGCCGGUUUCGACGAUAUCGAGAGGAUGUUGGAUUACUUGAUGGAGAAUUUCACAGUCGAUGAAAUAUGCUGUAAUAUACACAUCGUACUUUACUCGCGAUCCACGGUCGAGGAACUGUUGGCCGAUCUAAGGAAGAAGUAUUCUCAGAGUACGGAACAUUCCUUCACCAAUAGUCAAUAUUUGGCGCUCUGCCUGUAUAUGCUGGAGAAGGACACUCACUUCACGGGCGAUGGUAUCUGGAGCAAAGGACACAGCGUGCAAAAACGGCCAGUGUCGCAGAAUCAAAGUGCCACAAACAGGACCGACAGUGAUGCAAAUGUUGAUGUUUCAAGUGUCAAGAACAGCAACAAAAUCAAUUCUAAUUUGCACGACAAGAACGGGAUAUCUAUGACGACGAUAUAGUGAGAAAUACAUCGUGUACAUAGAUAUCAAAUGAAUUGAAGGUCACAUUACACCGCAGGAAAGUUUUGUAAAAAGAAAAAAAAUACAGAUGAAAAAGUUUAUACAUGUUAAUUUGUAGAAACUCUUCAUCGACGUUCGUAAAAGUGACCGAAUAUUUGACUGCACACCCCGAAUAACGACCUUGUGGGUCGUUCCGUUUAACAUUUUUCGGGCCACCGACAACAUAGUAAUGUCGCGCGAGUUUUGACGCUCGCAGUCUGUUGACGAUGUAGUAUCAUUGCGAUGUAAUUAAUAUUAACGAUGGAUGAAUAUAUUUGAAUAUAUUUGAAGUAUACGAAAGAGCAAAAAUUCAUAGAAGCAAAAAAUUAAUAGAAAUAUGUCCGAUGGAAAUUUGUCAUCAGAUGACUACGUUAUUGCAUCUUCAAAAGGUAUACAAAAUUUCUUACAAUCAAUUAUAAUAAAUAAUAUUCAAAGUGAAGUUUACAGUUUAUUUCAUCAUGUGGAAAUAAAAAAAUUUGAUAUUUGAUCAAAUUUAAUAUACUCAGAAAAAUUAUAUUUAUAGUCUCAAAGGAUCAAUGUACCUGCGUUUGACGUCUUUAAUUGAUAAAAAAUCAUCUUUAACUUUCUGUAAGAG